AUGGCGGACUCGCCGGCACCCAAGAAGGCCGCCAAGAAGUCCAGCAGCAAGCAGCAGGCCCCGGAGCAGCCGCCACCGCCCUUCAAGCCCGGCAAGGUCACCACCUAUGACCGACAAGUUGUGGACUACGUGCGCUGCGCCACGGCAAAGAACAUCUGGUACUACCGGGACCGCAUGAGCUCGCCGCGCGGCCCCUGCAGCUUGCCGGUUCUGCGCGAGGCCUGGACGCAAGGCGUCAUCGACGAGAACACGCUAGUGUGGGGCCAGGGCCUGGCCGACUGGCUGCCCAUCAGGAAUGUGCGCACGCUGGUGCCGCAGAUCCGCACGGUUGAAGUGCAAAUAGCAACCUGGGUGAAGAAGCAGUUUGCGCUGAAGCCUGCUCUGUCGCGCGCGCGGUGA